AUGCUAGAUGUACCAGAGAAUAUAUGUCUGAUCGUGCUAGCUGGGGAAACUAUAAUGGGGACUUUGAUCAAUGUGUUCAUUGGCCUGGUGAACUGCAUAGACUGGGUGAAAAGUAGGACGAUAUCUUUGGUGGAUUUCAUCUUCUUGAGUCUGGCCUUCUCUCGAAUCUGUCUGCUGUUGAUUAUGCUAGCCAGUGGGAUGCUGGGGCUACUUUACAGGGACAUAUAUGAAACCAGGGAAACCUUGCUAAUCCUCAGUCAUCUGUGGAUCAUAGCCAGCUACUCCAAUAUCUCCUUUGUCACCUGCCUCAGCGUUUUCUACUUCCUGAAGAUUGCCCACUUCUCCCAUCCCCUCUUCUUCUGGCUCAAGUGGAGAAUGAACAAAGUGGUUCUCAUGAUCUUGCUGGGGUCUUUGCUAAUGUUCUUGUUUAUGAGUCUUCUCCUGAGAAAGGAGUUCACAGAUAAGUUCAUUAAGAGCACAGAAAGAAAAGAGGAGAAAAACCACACUGAGUUUUUCCAGAUGAGGAAGACCCACUUCAAGGUUAUGCAUAAUCUAUUCUAUCUCGGGCCUCUCAUCCUCUUGAGUAUUUCUCUGAUAUCCUGUGUGCUGCUGGUCUUGUCCCUGUGGAGACAUACCUGGCAGAUGCAUCUCAAUGCCACUGGCUCCAGGGAUCCCAGCACAGAGGCACAUAGAAGAGUCAUUAUAUGGAUGCUCUCCUUCCUCUUUCUCCUCAUUCUCUACUACGUGGGUGUUUUCACAAGUAUCUCAGCCUCUUCUAUGCUGGAGAAAAGGAUGGUAGAAGUGCUGGGAGUUGUCAUAGCAGGUGUCUAUCCCUCAGGCCAUUCUUUCAUCCUGAUUCUGGGAAACAGCAAGCUAAGGCAGUCAUUCCUAUGGGUGUGGCGGCAAGCCCUGCUCCGCCUCAGAGGAGGAAAACCUUAG